AUGCGAUCCCUCCUGGCGCUGAGCCUCGCCGCUUGGGUGGAGGCGGUGGAGGUCUUCGUGAUGCUCGGCCUGGAUACGGUGACCAGCUCCGGGGAAUUGAAGGAUCCCCAGGCCUUGAAGGGCCAGCUGCAGCAGCUGAAGGGCGGCAACGUGGACGGCGUCAUGGCGGACGUGUGGUGGGGCGCCACGGAGCCCAGUCCCAAGAGCUACAACUUCGACGCCUACAAGCAGCUGCUGGAGCUCUGCAAAGAGGUGGGUUUGAAGGCCCAGCUGGUGACCUCCUUCCACCAGUGCGGGGGCAACGUGGGGGACACCUGCAACAUCCCCCUGCCCUCCUUCGUGACCGGCGAGAAGGACAUUUGGUACAAGGAUCAGCACGGGCAUGAGGACAAGGAGUACAUCUCCCUCUUCGCCGACAACGUGACGAUCGCGGGCAGGACGCCUUUGCAGAUGUACAAGGAUUGGUUCGAUGCUCUGGCGCAGCUGGACAUGUCCAGUGUCGCAGAGAUCCAGGUGGGCAUGGGCCCGGCCGGGGAGCUGCGAUACCCGGCCUACCAGCUGUCGCAGUGGCAGUUCUGCGGGGUGGGGGCCUUCCAGUGCUACGACGCCCACGCGCUGAGGAGUCUGGCGGCCGCCGGGCAGGCGGCGGGGCACCCCGAGUGGACGAAGCCGCCCUCGGACGCCGGGGACUACAACAGCCGGCCCAACGACGCGGCCUUCUUCCAGGAGGGCUACAAGUCGGACUUCGGGCGGUUCUUCCUGAAGUGGUACUCCAGCCAGCUGCUGCAGCACGGGGCCGCGGUGCUGCAGCUGGCCAAGAGCUCCUUCGAGUCCUCGAAGGUGCGGCUGGCGGGGAAGGUGGCCGGCAUCCACUGGUGGUACAAGGCGCCCCACCACGCGGCGGAGCUCACCUCCGGCUACUACAACGCGGACGGCCAGGACGCCUAUGGCGCCAUCGCCUCCGUGUUCCAAGCCACCGGCGCGGGGGUGGACUUCACCUGCAUGGAGAUGGCGGACACGGAGCAGUCCGCGGACUGCGCCUCGGGGCCCGAGGAGUUGGUGAAGCAGGUGAUGUCGAGCACCUCCUCCCAUAGCAUCGCCCUGGGCGGGGAGAACGCCUUGCCCCGGUACGACGACACAGCCUACGGCAAGAUUGAGUCCUACAAGUCCGGCAUGGAGGUCUUCACCUAUUUGCGCCUGGGCAGCGACCUGCUGAACGGGGACAACUGGAGCCGCUUCCAGAACUUUGUGAACCAAAUGCACCAGGGUCUCAGUGUGGUGGCCUGGAUCCUGCAGUCCGGGGGCGUUGCGGCUCUCAGGGCAGGGGUCGCCCAGAGGCCUCAGCUGCUGGAGAACGGGGUCUGGACUGUGUGCGCCAUGCGAACGGCUUGGCUCGGAUCGGGCAGCGGCCCAUUUUGUGGGCUCAGGGAACACCCCGGGGGCAGCCGUUUGUCUCAAGUGUCCUCAUCCGAGCAUACUUGCUCAGUGCCGCUUCCGGGUAUGGAGACUGAGACUGCCACAGUGGCUGUUUCUCCUGAGCCGCUUCUACCACUAGCGCUUCCAGGGGAGCACAUGGAUCGACUGCAGCGGCUUGAUGCGAAUAUGGCACAGACAUCUGACUGGCAACACUUGCGGGCGAUUCUGGCAGAUAGCACGCCCUUUGUGCGCAACACUAUUUGCAAUGCGCUGCAAGAUGAGACGGCACGGUCCUUCCAAAAUGUGGCCGGGCAGUUUCAGGCUCUCCAAAACUUAAAGUCUGAGCUGCUGCAGACGCUGCAGUCUGAGGAUGCGGCCGCGCUUCACCAUUUGAUGCGGGACAUCCAUCCGUCCGACACGCAUGCUUUGCAGAGGGAGGCUGACGGCAUUGAUCAAGACGUGAGAGCUUUGCGGCUUGCUUUGGAGAACGAAGAUCGCCAGAGCUUGAAGAGUCGAGCAGUCCGCGUGAAGAACAAAGCCAAGCGCUUCCGGGACAAGUGUGCAGAGCUGCCCGAGCUGGACAGAUUGCAGCGCAAGUUGGAAGAUCUGUGUCGGGAGAGUGCAGAUGGAGCAGCAAGAUCCGAUACCCUGAUGGCUGAGACCAGACUCAGACACGGCUGGUGGGUGUGGCUCUUGAUGGAGGUCCAGUGCCUUGUGGCACGUGCUGGUUGUGUGCUCACAGUCGCGGCUGGUGCAGUGGCGUUCGGCCCGGUGGCAUCCGUGGCAGCUCAGCGGAGCACGAACAGCCACGCACUCGCAGCUGCGUACAGCGCCCUAUCGAUGGCCAAAACAUUUGCCGCGUCAAAAUCAGCCGAGGCUGCUGCAGCAGCAACUGUAGCAGCCCAGGCAGCAGCCCAGUCCACGGCGGCUGCAGCAGCUGCGAAAGCUGCCGCUACCUCUGCUGCCGCUGUGCAGGCAUCAGGUUCGGGAGUUGCAGGUGCAGCAGUGGCUGCAACAACUGGUGCUACAGCUGCGGCUGCAACCACUGUUGCUGGCGUGGGAGCUCCUGCCGCGACGUUUAUGGGGUCAGAGAUGCUUGGCGGCGUUGCAGUGUCGCUUGGGCUGCUUCCAACGCCUGCGGCUCCUGUGGGAAUUGUGCUGGGAGUUGGCGCAGCUGCAUCUGCGGCCGCAGUUGUGUUGUGGCAUUGCAUGCAGCCUGCAGCCGCGGCAGAAAUUUCUGCGACAGCUGCUCAAUUGGCUGCUGAUGCAAGCGCGGCAGCAGCGGCAGCAGAGCAAGCACAGCACUUUGCCUUUACGGCCGUUGCAGCUUCGUCAGGUGCGGCAGACAGCGUUACGAAUGCUGCAGGCACUGUAGCCUCAUUGACAUCUGCGACCUCUUUGCACAGUAUCUUCGCUUCCCUAUCAACUGGCCUCAUGUCAACGUGCUUCGCACCGCUGAUCACCUGUGCCGGUCUUUUCCUGGCGCUGGCUCUGCUGGGGUACGUGGGUUGCGAUCUCGUGAAGAGGCUGUUAGCGGAGUUGUUUGCCGCGGAGAUUCAACAGCAUGAAAGGGCCAAGGACGAGUUCCAGCGCAUGGCGCAGGUUGUUGACGAGGCUGCGAAGAAGCUCAAGACUGUAUACAUAAAGGAAUUGAAUGAGGCCCUUUACCAGAGCUUGGACUCGGUGGUAGCAGUUGCUCAAACGAUUGCUGCAGACGCGGAAGAUGCACAGGCCCUGCUGCCUGAAUCUGAAGAGAUGAAUGCCGAGAUGUUGAGCUUGAAGGAACAAGUCGACGAGCUUUGCUCAUUGUAUGAACGAGUCCCCGAAGCCAUUUCGGAGUUGGUGGUUUCCCUGCGCGAGCUUGAGCCGGCAGCGCGCCAGCUUGUGGACGAGUGCCCAAGGUCCUUCGAGCCUCCUACCCGCAUUCCCAUCGCAGUGCCAGCCAGGGCCACGGAAGACACCCUGGCUCUAAUCAACCCAGCAUCGCCCAGGGCAGACGAGGACUGGAUUUUCAUCGAGUCUCCACCUGUUGUCACCCUUGCUGGACCUGUGUCUCCACCUCCCACCGAUUCCGUGCCGUCCAACACCUACUUUCUGGUGCCAGUGGAGAUGGUCGAAAGACUUGGAGCCAUUUAUGCGGCCGGCCCGAACGGGAAUCGCUUGAUGGGUGUGCAACGCCGAGCUCAGGCCCUGCGACUCAUGGCGAGGUUCUCUGUGGGUGGAGAAGAGCAUCGCUUCACGGCCAAUCAUCAGCUCCGUGUUCGGAGGUCAGGGUCUUGGAUCCAAGAGCAAGCGUCAAAUCUCCGGGUGGGCGACAUCAUCACCACUUCGAAUGGUUUAGAACCAGUUGAGUCCAGUCCGACUAGCCGAGUCAACGUUGAAGAGGUCUACCGCCUUGAGAUCCAGGAUGCACGCCACACGCCUGAGGUGUACGUGUUCACUCCCAGUCAAAACGGGGAUGGCCAGCUGCACUGGGGUGGUGUUGCUGUCUUGAGCAGCUUGGAGGACCCGGAGCACCACGAAGCCGUGAGGAGCUCUUCUGCCCCACCCCGCCUGAGGGAUCUGGACGGCCUCCCCUCGCAGGGUUCCCGGCAUUGCAGGGGCCCAGCCCGUUGCACCAACGUCUGCCGAAGGUUCCGCCGGGGCUCCUGCGCGGAAGGCCGAGACUGCCGAUUCUGUCACCUAGCCCACCCUGAGGAGCCCAGGCGGGCAGCUAGGGGAGCGCGAGAUGGGCAGAGCAGUCAGAGCAGCCAAAGCAACUGAGUCGACAAAAGAUCCUUGAAAGUAGAACAUGCGGUCUGUUCCUUCAUCAUCCUUUGGUACUUCAGCUAGUUUCAAACCCUCCAUGUUGGUUGAACGCAGUCCUCUCAGGUUGCUCUUUAGUCAAUGCGCGUUUUGAAUGGAGCAUGCGGCACUGCCAUGGCUGGAACGAGCGCUGCUCGAUGUGCCAUGUCAUGUAGUCUGCAUGAUGCAUGAAUACGGUCAGCAUGAAUGAUCAUGACAUGUGCACGCACCAUGCUGACAUUGGCAGAACGCCGUCAAAUGUUUCUUUGUUUGAACAAUCGCAUCAUGACCGUCAUAGCCGAUGCUUGCUAAUGCACGACCACAUCUAUCUUUUACUUAAGUUGUGUCGUUGCUGCCCAGCAAUUCAUCUUACAGCUCAACAGAUCACACCCCCAGCUAGCAGGGACCGAGCGCCGCUCGACUGCUGACUGGGGCUCUUCAUCCGCUCGGGCUAGAUGACAGCAUCCUGCGGCAA